AUCAUUGGCAAACAAAUAAGUCCACCUGUGAGGUUCACCUCCAGGACUGGUCUUAUUGGGCUCUUCGCUUCUGCCACCAUCUUCGCUCUUUUACCAUCCUGUCGUUCCUUCCAGUAUGUUCUUGGGUUCUCUAUUGGUCCUUGUAGGCCUCGGUGUCGCUUCAUUCGCUCUCAAAUUUCCCAUACAAUCUCGUGCUCGGCGGACUCCUCUUUCUCGACGAAGUGGAACAGAGAAAUAUCAUUUAAAUACGUCCCUGGCUGCUGUUGUGAGCACUGAUAAUGGUUUGGACCUCAGUACUGUCCACGAUCUGAUUUAUAUGGCAAACGUAACGGCUGGAAAUAUCACAUAUGUCGUUCAAAUGGACACAGGGUCCUCUGACCUGUGGCUAAAGACUGACAUUCCACCUUUGCCGAAUUCCGAGCAAACGGGAUACACAACAAAUAUCACAUACGGCAUUGGCUGGGUGAACGGUACCAUAUCGCACAUUCCAAUUGAGUUUGCGGAGAUAUCCGUGGAAUCACAAGCGUAUUUGGACGUCACUUCGGCUCAGAAUCCAGCGCUAGGUUAUGGUGCCAAAGGCAUUUUGGGUCUCGGUUUUACAUCCCUGUCUUCUAUCGACUCGAUAUUGAACAAUACAGGCUCAUCGCAGGGAAGAAGUCUAUUGUAUAAUCUCUUUGCACAGAACCCUGCAGAACCCAACUUCAUUACCUUUUCGUUCCAACGAAGCACUAGCGCUAAUAAUGAUGUUAAUGGCAGCUUUACCAUCGGAGAGUAUGAAGAGGCGUAUUCUGAAGUGGCAGAUACAGUUGCCAUUUCCACCUGGCCAGUCAGCUCCCCCAAACGAUGGAGUCUUCUUGUAGAGGCGCUUUUGGUGGGUAAUCAAACCAUACUGCCAUCUUCUACAACUGCAGGUGCCCCGAGCAACAAGGCUGUGGCAGUACUAGACACGGGAACGUCUUACUCUACUGAAAUUUCUGAAGCAAUCUAUGGUGGUAUCAGUGGAUCAUACUAUGAUUCGACUUUGGCGGAGUGGUCAGUGCCAUGUGAUGCUGAGAUUGACAUGGCUAUCCAAAUCGCAGGACAGGUCUAUCCUCUGCAUCCUUUAGAUAUCGCCCCCACUGUUGUAGGAGACAACACCACAUGUGUCGGCUCCUUUCUUCCGCAAAACCUGGGAAUAGGUACAGGCCAAUUUGACUGGCUCUUCGGGGCCAAUGUCCUUCGGUCGUUGUACUCUGUCUAUGACUUUGGCGACUUUGACUCGCACGGCAACACGGGAAAUCCUUACGUCAAACUUUUAUCACUUACGGACCCCGACAAAGCGUCAGCAGAAUUUUGUCAGGCGAGAGGAUGCACGCCCUUGACCGGAAUCACCUAUAAUGCCUCAAAUAACACAGAGGACUCUGCCUCUACCGUUAUUACUAUUACCAGGGACGUUGCCGAUACCCUGGAAAAGUUCAGCACAUGGUUCCCCGCCAUGCUGGGUAUCUUGGCCCUUAAUGCCUUGAUCAUACUGGCCGUGCUCAUCUUCGGCAUCGUCUACCUGUGUAGAAGAAGGACCAGACCCUCAGCCAGAACGCCCAUAGGCAGAAUGAGUCCUGUGCCGAUGAAUCCCAGGAGCAGUUAUAUCACAGGUGAACCUCCUGUUGGUGCUCACACGUACGAACCGGUAUCAAUGGCGAUUACCGACGAUACCGUGUUUGGGCCACCAUCUCCUGCUUUCCAUAAAUUUGAAGGCAGCACGCUGCGGCCGGGCGAUAGACCACAGAGUCUGGCAACCCUACCAUCCAAGUCAUAUAAUGAUGAUGGAGAAGAAGUUCUCACACCGCCUUCUCCCGGUUUCCGACAGUUUGAUAGCAGGCCUAAAAGUGUCGGAAUACUCCCCUCGCAGUCUAAUGCAUAUCAACAAAUUGGAGAGGAUCAGCCUUUUGUUGUCCCUCCAUCAGUGCAAUCCCAAGAGUUCUAUGUCAAAACGCCUCGGGCACCCUCGCGAUCCAGUCAUUCAACGCCCGAAAAUAUUGUGUACCCUACGUCCUCAUCUGCUAGUUCGUUUCAUCAAUCUGUGUACGAUAUCCAGUCCCCGUCACCGCCUCGGUCCUUUCAUCAGUCAUACGUCGAGGAUUCCAACCUACCACAAUCGCCUUCACGGUCUUUAUAUCAGCCCAGUGCUCACGACCAGCGAUCUGACGUGAGUCCCUCAUCAAUAAUUCAACUGUCACAACCCCAUGCCCGCCGAGGAAGCACGAGGCCUCCGCCAGUUAACUCCUUCGAGCCUCCUGUGUUCUCAUCGACUCCUGAGGACCAGAGCCUUGUACCGCCUUCUCCUGGGUUCCGCGCAUCAGAGAAUCGGCCAAGGAGCGUCGAUCAACUCCCAUUUCAAACGAAUUCCUACAAACAGAUGGGGAAUAAUCCUACUCUCACACCACCAUCACCUGUUUUACAGAGGGAGGGUGGCUCUUUGAAUCCUGGCAGUGCACCAGGCGACAGGCCUAUGAGCAUCGCCUGAUGUGAUUAAUUUUGAAUAUUUUGUUGUGUUUCUGCUGUAUUGCUCGAGGGAUAUUUAGGACAGGUUUGGUUA